CUCACAACCAACCAAGCAAGACAUUCACAUCAAGAAAAAAACUCUAUAAGUCCAAUACACUUAACACCCAACCCUUGGAAAUAUACCACAUCCAUUAUUUUCUCGGUAUACGGAACCAUUGGAUUCCUGACAAGAAACGUGACGGACGGGUAUCAGGGUUUCUCCGGAUGCCGAGGUCGAGAUUUCUCGUGUGCGCGCGGGCUUUUUUUUCUUUUUACGGUUCUUGAGGACUGCAGUACUUUGGAAGUCUGGAUCUGGAUGGCGGGGAAUCAUUCGAGGACUGGAGUAGAUACUCUUUUGUGGCAGGUUUCGAGAGGGUGAGUGAAUCGAGUACAGUACGCGCCCACUGUCAUUCACUCUCACGCUAAAAUACGCUACGUCACAAUCACCGCAACGAUGCGAACGACCAACAUCACCCCUCCCUUGUCCACUCGAUUAGAGCAUGCGAUUGAAAACAGACGAUAACCAACAUAUCACAACACAUUAACGCGCGAGGACGACUGGCAGAUGCUUGUAGGCAGGUAGCGGACUCACAGGGUUAGGUUGAUCUAUGUAGAAUCACACCUCACUUCGAGCUUCUUGCAUGCCAUGUACUUAAGAGCUCUCUCAAUACGGAUCUUACAACCUUUCUCCCGAUACAGAACAUACUCUCACUUCGGAACUACGAUACAAAAACGAUACGUUGCGAAUAUGACGACUACAUUUACGAUCCCCGACUCGUCCGUAACACUCGAGCUCUGCGAAGGCGCGAGGAAGGAGGAGGUUUUGGAGUUCCCUGCUUUCAAGGUACGGCCCAUUUUGCGAGUUGAAGAGGGAGAGAGAGAUGGGGAAGGAGAAGUAAUGCUAAUAGAAACAGAAAUGGUACACACGAAUACAAUCCAACCUCUCCCUCCAAAGCCAAUCCACCCACGAAUUCCACUCCGCGCCCUACGCACUCACACACAUCCAAAUCCAAUCCCUCGACCGCUGGGGCCCUCGCAUCGGCUUCAUAAAACUCACCGCCACCGUCAAGAAUUCUAAGGAUGAAAGUCUCCCAGGUUCUAUAUUCCUCCGCGGCGCCUCCGUAGGCAUGCUAGUUAUCCUGCAGCCAGACGACCUCUCAGAAGGUUCUUAGGCUGAGAAAUAUGUUUUGUUGACGCUACAACCACGUAUCGCAGCCGGCUCCCUUCAAUUCCUCGAGUUGCCCGCGGGAAUGGAAGAUGAUGGGACGUUCAAAGGCUCUGCGGCGAAGGAAAUCAAGGAGGAGCUGGGUUUGGAUAUCCCUGAGGAUCAACUUGUUAAUAUGUCCGAACUGGCUAUUUCUCAGAAGGAGGGGGAGGAGGAGGUGCCCAGAGCGAUGUUCCCUUCCGCCGGUGGGUGUGAUGAGUGUAUACCCCUGUUUUUACAUGAGAAGAGGGUCCCCAGUGAGCAGUUGAAGGAGUGGACGGGCAAGUUGACGGGGUUGAGGGAUGAGGGAGAGAAGAUUACGUUGAAGUUGGUGAAGUUGGAGGAUCUUUGGUGGGAGGGGGCCAGGGAUGCGAAGGCGCUUGGGGCGUUGGCUUUGGCUUUGUAUGAGGGAUUGAAGAGGGUGGGGAGGUUGUGA